AUGACAGCAACUCAAUAUCCUCCACCAGAAAGAUUUGGAGAGACUUCCCAAAGCCCCAACAUCCCGCGGCAUAGAAACUGGCUACCUGGAGAUGCAGGACUCAUCCAGACAUGGGUACACAAAAUAAUCGAGGAAGUGGCCGCUCCCCCAAAUCCUUUCGUACCAAUCAUAUCUGAGUUCCAGGACCUGAUCGACUCUGAUCCAGCCAUCUACAUACUCUUUCACUCCAUGUUCGAUGAAGUUCCACCAAAGUACAAGGAUCCUGAACUUCCUUCAAACGCCAUUCAAAGGCAUGAAUACAAGAAUUUGGAAGGCGGCAAUGCAACUUUCCUAAACCCGAAAGUAAAUGCGAUGUUCAAGAAACUCUUCAACGAAUGGGCACAGUUUCUCGAAUCUCCAGACUCCACGACCGUCUUGAAUACUAGCAAAGACGGUUGGUUCGGACCCGCGGCCAUGGAAGAAAUGAGACAUGCGUCUCGUGGCGACUCGAACUGGAAAUUUGAAGACGAGUAA